AUGGUUGAAUCUCCUCCUGUUUCUCCAACUCAUCAACCUCUGGAUAAUCAAUCCAAUGGAAACACUAGACUUGUCCUAGACCCUUACAUUAUUCACCACAGUGAUAACCCUACCACUGUUUUGUUUUCUCCACUUCUUCAAGGAGAUAACUAUGGUUCAUGGGUACGAGGUAUUACCAAAGCACUGAAUGCUAAAGGCAAAUUAGGCUUUGUUGAUGGAUCGUUACCUCCACCUGCUGAUGAUCUAACUCACCGAUGUUGGAAACGAUGUGAUGACUUGGUAGGCAGCUGGUUACUUAACUCUGUGCAUCCAGACAUUCGAGCCAGUUGCCUGUAUGCUGCAUCCUCCCAUACAAUCUGGAAAGACUUACAAGUAAGGUUCUGUAUUUCCAAUGCACCAAUCCUUUUUCGUCUUAAAUCUGCCAUUGCUAGCAUUCGUCAGGAAUCAAUGCAAGUCUCACUUUAUUACACGAAAAUAAAAACUCUCUGGGAUCAGUAUGACUCAUUGGUAGCCAGCACAGAAGCUUGCAUCUGUGGUGCUGGCAAAUCCAUGCUUGAACGAUUGGAACGAGAUCGUGCAAUGGAGUUUCUCCAAGGCCUCCAUGACAGAUUCUCCAAUCUUCGCAGCCAGAUUCUGACAAUGGAACCAUUCCCUACUGCCUUGAGGAUUUUUAAUCUCGUCCAGCAGGAGGAGGAACAGCAGAAUAUCACUUCCCUUCCUAUGCCUGUUGUCGAAUCUGCUGCACUCAACACCAAUCGACAUUUUCCUUCUUCCUCGUCUCCCUACUAG